AUGGCUGAAGAGGAAAAAUUACACAUGGAAAACCAGGCCAUUACAGGUGAGGAGGAGGUGGUGCUUGAACAAGAACAGGCUGAACCUUUGAAGCUGAGUUCUAAAAAACAUAAGAGGAAAACCUCACCAAGCGUGGAAGAUGACAUUGCCACAAAGAUGGCCAGGAAAGAUCCUCACACGAAGACACAAGAUGAAACAUCAGAAACAGACAGAUCCACAAGACAGACAGACAGUUCUAAAUCCAGUUUGUCUCACUCUGUCACUACAUUGAAGCGAUCCAGUAGUGAUUUAGAUAAAUCACUUGAAAGUCCAUGUAAAAGGUUAAAAACAGAAGCUGAUAGACUGAGACCAGCAGAAGGAAAGAAGAAGAACCCUCGCAGACGAACAAAACAUCUAAUACAGGCAGUCAUAGAUCAGAUGGAGUUUUACUUUGGAGAUUCUAAUCUCAGCAAGGACCGGUACUUGAGACAAGUGAUAGACAGCUCACCUGAUGGUUAUGUUGACCUUGCUGUAUUUGGAAACUUCAACAAACUUCAGUCGUUGCACAAAGAUGGAGUCAGUCUGAAGGUUCUGGCAACAGCCAUCAGCAAGUCAAAGCUGUUAGAGCUAAGUAGUAAUGGAUGCCAGGUACGAAGAAUAACUCCCAUUAAAGAAAUCGACCAAGAGGAAACAGACAGCAAGACCGUAUAUGUGGAACAUCUCCCUGCUCAUGCCACCCACAUGUGGAUCCGGAGCAUCUUCUCCCAGUGUGGCAAGGUGGUCUACAUCAGUCUGCCAGUCUACAGGACUACUAGGAUGAUCAAGGGGUUUGCUUUUGUGGAGUUUGAGACACCAGAGGAGGCUGCAAAAGCUUGCCAGCUACUGAACAAUCCCCUGCCUGUGAAACCAGAUGACAAGCCUGGCAAGUUCCCCAAGGGAAAUAAAACCUUAAACAGACUGCAGAAGUUGGCUCCAGUCAAGAUGGAACAAGACAGUAACGAAGAGAAUAUUUCUGACGAUCAGAGAACUGAUGCAAUUCACAGUAAAGCAGCUACAUCAAAUAAAAAGAAGAAAAACACCACAAAAAAAAAGAAGCCCACUGAUCUGACAUUAAAUGAAAGUAACUUGAAAGUAACUAGAACUGAUCUAGAACCAACGGAAGAAGACAAAAAGAAUGAACACAGAGAGGGAAAGAAGAAGAAGAAGAAAAAGAAGAAGAAGCACAGUCAGCUAGUAGAUGGGGUGGUCAGCACAGACAGUAAGUUGACACAGGAUCCUACCCAGGGAGCCACUGCAGAUACAGAUGUGUCUGGUAGGGAAGGGGAGUCCACGGCUGGUGGUAGCACUAGAGAUGUACAGACUGCAGCAGUGAAUGAAUCUUUGAUGGAGUCUAGGGAGGGAGAUGAUAGUUAUGAGGUGGAUAAGUCUGCAGAUGUUAAGGGAGCAGAGGAAGCUGGCUCAAAGAAGAAAAAGAAGAAGAAAAGGAAAGGAGAUAAAAAACUGAAAGAUAAAAACAAAGAUAUGGCAGAAGAUAAUAGUUUACAUGCAAAGGCAAUGGACACGUUAGAGAAGUGUGACAAGGACGUCAGUGUCAACCAUUCUGACUACACAGAUGCCAAACUUAGUAGGAAGGAAAGGAAGCGCUUGAGACAAGAAGAUAUCCGCAGGAAGAAGCUGGAGAGGGAAAAGUCUGAUACAGACCAUACUACAGCUGUUGCCACACAUUCAGAAGUACAUGAUCUCAAUGCAGCCUGUUCAUCAGGAGAUCUUCCAGCUGGUGAGGUGGAAGCAGGAACUGGUGAGGUGGAAGCAGGAACUGGUGAGGUGGAAGCAGGAACUGGUGAGGUGGAAGCAGGAACUGGUGAGGUGGAAGCAGGAACUGGUGAGGUGGAAGCAGCAACUGGCGAGGUGGAAGCAGCAACUGGUGAGGUGGAAGCAGCAGCUAUGGAUGUGGAAACAUCAGGUAGAGAUGUGAAAGCAGCAGCUAGAGAACAGGAUGGGAUGCUGACCUCCAGUGUCUUGGAUAAUAACAAAGGCAAUCGCAGACGUAGAAACGAUGGCACUGAACUGACAUCAAUCCUGAAGUCCAAAAAAGGACAGGAAAGGAAGAAAGUAGAGUUUGAUCCAGUCACAGUAACCACAGAGUUUAUCAGAGCACGAGAGGUCCGCAAACGAAAGAAACAGAAGAAGGAGAAGCUUCAUCUGCGAGUUAUGGCUAAGAAAGAGUGGCUAACUUUGAAAGCAGACUACAUUGCUCAGCAGAAGUCACAUAUGGCAGCCCUGAAGGAAUCAUUGAGGGAACUGAGGAUGCAGGAAAAUCAAGGCCAGCCACCAGGCAACAAGCGUGUGGAUCUGGAAGAUGUGUUUGGCACCAAGAGACUGAAACCUAGCCAAGAUCUGAAGAUGGCCCAUGUUGAAUCUCUCAAGUUCACACCAAAUGUCAUUGUGCAGUGGAAGUGUUCCCAUGAGAUGCCCCGUGACAAGAUCCGGACCAUGUUCAAAGAGUUGAGUGGUGACAGCAUUGCCUACAUCGAUGCCAAGGAGGAAGCCAAAUUUGGCUACAUUCGAUUCAAAGAUGAAGCUAGUGCUGAGGAGUUUGCCAAGUUGUCCAGGCGAUCAACGUCCUUCAUGGCUCGCAUUUUACCAGCUGACCAACAGGAGGAAUACUGGAAGAAGGCUAACGAAGACAGAGUCAAGAAGUUAGGCCGUAAGAAGCAUGAGAAGGGUGCUGACAAGAUUGCCAGAAAAGUCUUUGAAAGAAAUAAGGCCACAUUUUUCCAAAAACCAAGCCAUGUUGUUUUCAACGAUGAUGAUGACGACGACAAUGCUAAAGACAACAAAGAAGAAGACAGAGAAAUAAGCAACAACAGUCAAUCAAAACCAGAAGAACCAGUUGUCAGUGAAGAGGGUCAGAAACCAACACAUACAGAUAGCUGA